AUGUCCGAGGGCGGCUACCUGCGGCGCACAGCACCGCCCGUAGAUCCGCCAGCGCCGGCGGGCGGCGCGGCGUGGCGGCUGAUCCGCCGCAGCGGGCACUUGCUGCCGCCGUGUGGCGUCCGGCUGGGCCCGGCGCGAACAAUGACUCACUCACUGCCCACCCCUCUCUCCCCACCCGCACAGCUACGGCAGUCUGCGCCGACAACAAAGAAACAAAUGCGGCACAAAGAUGCCUUCUGUCGAGGGACGGCACAGUUGUAUCGGUGUGUUCCCUUCGGCAGUUGGCUGCUGCAGAAAGCGACAGCAGAGCAGCCGGCGGGUCGAUGUCGGGGCUUCCCCGAGGGGGCGGCGGGACAAUCUCGGACCAACCGGUCCCCAGGGAGCGCGCGCGCCGGACAGCUUCUGCGAGCCCCCGCCAGCCGCUGCUUCCCCCUCCCGCCGCCCUCUGCCACUUGCGCGCACUCAGCUGCGAACGCUGGCGACGCCGACCCGGCACACCACUCCCCAUUCAGCCCGCGCCGCGGGGCUACGCUGGAUGUCUUCAGUAAUAUUGUCACCUCGUGUACUUGUUAUGCGGCCCAGUCCCUGCUGUGGGCCGGCAGUGCGGCCGAGUCACCUGUGGACAAGAGGUCCGGCAAACGAACAGUCCGCUUCCCGUGCCGGCCGGCGGCCGGGGGCGCCCCGGUAAUUGACACAACGGAUGGCGCCACCUCGCGGAAAUGGGCCAAUUACGGCGGCCGGCGGGCCGGCUCGGCCAAUCAGGCGGAUGGAUCGCGCCGCCCCAGCCCGGCACGCGGCCGGUCGGGGACUCCCCCGAAUUCCUCUCCGUGCCGCCUCGCCACAUCUGCUUCGCUGGAUGUACGACGAGCUGGGCGGUUCACUUACCACCUUGUGGCUCCCUCAGAAGAGAUGCUGUGUUUGGCUUUAUCGUGCCACACACGAGUGUCUGAGUGCCACCGGCGAGACUGUAAUGCGGGACUGGGCCCCCACGGCCCUCCUCCGCCCCCGCCACCCCCGGCGGCGACACGCGAGGCGGCGCGCAGAGGAGUGGCUGCGGGGCGGCUAGGCGGCUUACGGCCCGAGCCCCUUAUCUUGAGCCCGCAGAGCGCCAACCCGAUUACCGAGACCGUCUCCCCGCGGGCGGGCGCCGGACAAGCCCCUGGCGCAGCGUGGCGGGGGCGGGUGGACGGCGCGCGAGGGACACCGAUCGCUGAAUUUUUCGACAUAGCGGCUUAG